AUGUUUGCAGCAAGAUCAUUUGGCCGACAGGCCCGGAUUCUUCCCAAAUGGACUCAAGUCCGUUGUGUAUCGACAUUGGAAGGGUCUCCGUACAUAUACGUGUUUCCAAAUGCUGGACCAGCAAGCGGAACCCACAUCUUGUCACUAUUACCCUCCGAGCCAGUCAACCCAGAAUUGGCUAUCGGACUCGCGACUCAACUACCACCGACAACAGACUCCUUCAAAGAGAACCCCAAAUUCCUGAAUAUAGUACAAGAAGUGUGCUCAGAAUACGCACAUGAAGACCCCGAUGCCAAGUCCCAAGCGCAGGUCAUGGUGUCUGUGGCCGGAGCGAACCUGAACUCAGGCGGCGUGCUAUUAACCGGCCAGCGCGGGAGACGUAGAGGCGACUUGAGCAGUGGUGCUAGUGGUCAAGGUGGUGCAGGCGCUGGUGGGCGUGGUGGUUGGAUUCAUGUCUCUGACGGCAGACGGCCGCCUGACUAUGGGCGGAUUGCUUGGCCCGAGGAUAUGUUCGGAAGCCUUGAGGUGGAUGCAAAUGGUCAGUUUGUUGGAGAGAAUGGCAAUUAUCAGCCAAGUGGUACCUAUCGUAUCCUGACCCGAGAUGGAAUUUUCGGAUUGAGUCCUUUCCUCAGAGAAAAGCUGGUUCAGAAGCUACGAGAGCUUGAAAAGUGA